AUUAUUCUAAUAAUAUAUAAAAAAUAAAACAUUAAAGAAGUUUAUUCUUGUUGAUUGUACGAUUAAAAAAUAAAUUAUUUCCUCAAAUACAUUUGCAAAUGCAAUCAAAAAUAAAACACCGAUCAUAAUAAUAGUAACGUAUUGAAAUAACGAUUGUAGACACAUGCACUUUCUUAACCUUAAAUUAUGUGCAUUAUCGUUUUCUAAAUUGUAUUUCAAUAUAUAAUUAUUAUGGCGUUAUUUCUUCAUUCCAGUAAAUGUAUUACAUAUCUAAGAAAUAUUUCCAAAUUAAUUCAAACCAAUGGGAGUAAUAUAAGAUUUCUAUGCUUAGCAAAUGUACCAAAUGUUCCAGAAACGAAUGUAAGUUAUAAUAGAAAGCAGGUAGAUUUUUAUACCUAUCAAAAUACAGAACGGAAUAUAGAUUCGCUAAUUGAAAAAGUGAAUAAAAAAUUGGAAAAUAAACAAAUCAUUGAUAAACAAACAAUUGAUGAGAUUAUAAAUGGCAUACAGAUAGAAGGAAAAAUCGAUUCUUCACAGGCUCUAUCAAUUCUGCAGAGUUGCAAUUUAUUGUUGCAAUGUACACCCGAACAAAGAAUGAAUCUAGCGACUACUUUGUGGAAAUUAUUUAAUAUUUAUAAUAUCCAAAUGGAUGUGUCAUAUUAUAAUUCGCUAUUAGAAAUAUAUUUAAAAAAUAAAUAUGAAUUUUCUCCAUUGGACAUUUUAUCCGAUAUGAAAAAACAAUCUAUUGAGCCGGAUGAAAGUACAUAUAAAAAACUUUUAAAGUAUUAUUGUACGAAGGGUAAUAUCUCAGAAGCUAUGACAGUAUUUCAAUGUAUGAAGGAUGAAAAUUAUGUAUUAUCCGAUGAUGUAUUUAAUUCAUUCAUUGUGGGAUAUACUCAAGUUGGUGAUCUAGAAAGUGCAUUAAAUGUUCUUAGAAUCAUGAAAGAUUUUAAUGUAACUCCUACGAAUAAGACUUACAGUACAUUAAUGUGUGCUCAUGCUACACAUAAUAAUACACGAAGUAUACAAGAAAUAUUAAAUAAAUGUCGAAUGGAAGGUAUAUCUUUUACGAAUGAAAAUUUAUUAGAUGUAAUAUAUACUUUGAUAGCUAAUAAAAAUGUGAAUUUUGUCAACGAGAUGCUCGCUGAAUUAAAAAGACCAUUUGAUAUUGAGGUAUUUGAAUUUAUAUCAAGGAUCAUUGAUCUCAAACAAGAAAACAUAGCUAAGAAAAUGUAUUAUUAUUUUCAUUCUGAUAUGAAAUUCUUAUUAACGAAGUUUCAAUUUGAAAAUUUCUUUUUACAUAAAAUAAUAUGCUGUGCGCCAAAUGAAAAAGUUGUAGAAUUGUGUAAUGAAUUUUACACGUAUUGCGACAAUAAAAAAGUAUUUGUCCAAGCGAUUUAUUAUGCUUUCAAACAAAAUAAGGAUGACUUAGCAUUAAGUUUAUUAAAAGAAUGGAAAAAUAGAGGACAUAAACUUAGGCCACAUUAUUUUUGGCCAAUUUUAUGUAAAUUUCAACAAAAUAAUGAUAUGAAAGGUCUUCUAGAAUAUGUGAAGAAUAUAAAAGAGGUAUACGAUGUUGUACCUUGUGUAAAUACUGUUGCAGAUUACAUUUUACCUAAUAUUUUAACUCCUAUCUUGAGUACUACUUUCAUAUUAUCACAAUACAACAUACCGGCAGAAAUAACAAGGAAUGCUUUAGUUUAUUAUUGGUUAUCAUGUUCUAAAACAAGGCUUAGUUCAGAAUAUAUUAAGGAGCAUCCAUAUUAUUACGAUGAUUUCAUAUUGAAAUCAAAACUCAAAUUGGCAUUAUUUAAUACAGGUGAUAUUAAUUCUUAUUUGAUAAUUGCAAAUAAUCUCAGUACAAAAACUAAAUCUGGGGAAAUAGAAAAAGUUUCUUUCGAUGAGAAAAUAAUUGAUGUUUUGAAUUUCUUAAAAGAAAAUCCAACGCGUAUUUCUCAGAUACUAGAUUAUAUAUCAAAGAACGGAAUAAGUAUUUCUGAUGAUACUCAUAAGAUUUUAUCCGAAUAUCAAAAGAAAUCACCAAUAAAUAAAACAUCACGUUUGUUAAAAAAUUUAAGGAAAGUCAACAACUCUUCGAAAUUAAACACUCGGAAUACCAAUGUAUCAGCCCACAACAAUUUUUUUUUUAUGAAUAAAUUAAUUAACGAAUACUCCAAAGAAGAAAGUAGAAAAGUUUUGGAACAAUAUAUAACCAAAAAUCCUUCUGAUGCUACGGCCAAAUUAGCUUUAAAUUACGCGAAAAAAUUAAUAUCAGAAGGUGAUAUUAAUGAUGCAGCAGAACUAAUAAAAUAUACCGGUCAAAUGAUCCAAGUUAAAAGUUACCUUAUACUAGAAGAGACUAGAAAAUUAUUAAAUGAAGUUGCUUUAAUAGGCAAUGAUGUAAUAUUACACACAUUUGUUGAUAUACUUCAACAACAAAAUUAUAUCAUAGCACCAAAAAAUUAUUUAAACUUGCUUAUUACAGUUCAUGUUAAUCGAGGCAAUAUACGCAAAGCUUUGGAAAUGGCUGAAAUUUUGAAUAAAAAAUAUAAUUAUAUACCUGCAUUUCAUCAAUUAGUCAAACUAGUUGUCUUAGUAAACGAUGCAAAGAUAUUGCAAGAUUUGAUGAACAUUGCUAUUAAAAGUUACGAUGAAGAAUAUAUUUUAGGAGAAUUAAUAAUAUGCUUUUUGAGGAAAAAUUAUCAAGAGGAAGCUAAGAAGCUAUUACAAUUUUUUUGUACAUCCAAUUACAAUUUAGAAAUAAUAAAAGAGAUUUUGCAGUAUUAUUCUUUAACAGAGAGAGAUUGGCUAUUAAAUAAAUUACUUGACUUUACUAUUGAUUAUCCUAAUGCAAACAGAUUAGCUUUGUACGAAUGUCUUGCCUUCAUUUACGUUUCAAGGAAUGAUCUCUUACAAGGAGUAAAGUUGUGGGACAGAAUGAGAAAAGAGAAAGUAUUACCAACUGCUAAGAUAAAAAGUAUGUUACCUAUUCACAAAUUAAAUUAAAUUCAUUUAAUGAAUAUCAAAAUGAAAAUGUUGUAAAUUAAUGUAAACACUCAUUUGUGUGCACAACGGUUUAUGCAUAGUUUUUGUAAAAUUUCAAUUUAAUGUGUCUAUAAUAUAAUCUCCAAUUAUAUAUAUAUAUAUAUUUCUUAUCAUAAGUGAUACUUCCAAAUGAAGAAUAAUUAAAAAUGAAUUGUUGCAAAUGUUUUUGUGUUUUUAUUUUACUUCUUAAUAUUAAAUUAAAAAUUUUGCGAAAAUUUGUAAAACGUAAUAUAUAACUGUGACAGGAUGAUUUCUAUAUGCCAAGUUAACAAAAAUAUUUCUCUUUUUCUUUCUAUCUUUUUCUUAUUUUGUUUUUUUUUUU